CUUUUCCUUCCCUCCAUGAGAAAGAAGCCAGCACUGGCCAAUGGCAGCAACCCUGAAGGCGAUCUCCUCCAGGAACACUGGCUGGUUGAUGAUAUGUUCAUCUUUGAGAACGUGGGCUUCACCAAGGACGUGGGCAACAUCAAGUUCCUGGUCUGCGCAGACUGUGAAAUCGGACCAAUUGGUUGGCAUUGUUUAGAUGACAAGAACAGUUUCUAUGUGGCCUUGGAACGGGUUUCCCAUGAGUGA